GAGAAGACUAAGGCCUUGAAUUUUCGAUUGGCCAAGCAACAUCAUCGAUUCAAUUCUGAUAUUGCAAUAAAAAAAGACGAAUCAACUUAGCAAAACAAAGAAGCUGAAAACAGUGAAAACAAUCACAGUGUACCUCACGCGCCUCUCCACAUAACCAUUUCCACCACCGCCGCUGCUUACCACCGGCGACUCCACUCUCGGCAACCGUGAAGGCAAGACACUUGAACGUUUGAGUCAUUGGUAUAAAAUGGUUUCCUUUGAAAUGAAUGAUCGAAAAAGUAAAGAUUGGAUUGGGAUUAACGGGCUUUGGUAUAUUUUUCUCAUUCCUUGGCGUUAUCUUCUUCUUUGACAAGGGAUUGCUAGCAAUGGGAAAUAUCCUGUUUGUUUCUGGAGUAUCCCUGACCAUUGGUCUAAAAUCCACCAUGCAAUUCUUCAUGAAACGUAGUAAUUUUAAGGGAACGAUUUCAUUUGGUAUUGGAUUCUUGAUUCUUAUCUUUGGGUGGCCUAUUCUGGGCAUGAUUUUGGAGUCUUAUGGGUUCAUCGUACUCUUCAGUGGUUUCUGGCCAACACUGGCUGUUUUCUUGCAGAAGAUCCCUAUUCUUGGUUGGUUGUUUCAACAGCCAUUUGUUCGAUCGUUGUUUGACCGCUAUAGAGGCAAACGAGUGCCUGUUUAACACGUGGAAUUGUUGAAACAUUGUGUGCCUGCUAGCGAGCGCAUAUGUAAGUCCGUGUAGAGAAACUACGUUCAUUUGAAGACCUAACGCUGAAUUGAGAACGCAAUUAAUUGUAGAAAAUGUGGUCAUUGCAUUUAAAACUCCUUUUUAGCCCCAUUUGAUUCUCAUGCUUCACGGAAAAUCAAUUGAUCAUCGGAGUUGUCAGUUCUUCAACUUAUUCUGCAUUACUAUUAAAAUCAGACAAUAUCUUUGGAAAGGUAUCUGUACAGAGAGUGUUACGGUGGCAUUUGUUUGGAACACGUCGAGAAAUAUAUCGAUUUUAAAUUAUAUCAAUAGGUGGUAGUGCAGCCACAUGGGACUUUUUAUCUUUGAUUUUUUUAUUUGUAAUGUACUCUUCCAGUGAGUUGGAAUUGGCUGUGAAAUUAAAAUUUUGAAUUAUAAAUAUAUUUCU